AUGGAACUGGAAUCAUAUGUAGAUAAUUCGCGAAAUUUGACCAUAAAAUCUACUAUUCCAGGGGUAACAUUAUCUGAGCCAUGUUGUGUUGGCAUCGAUGAAGCGGGCCGAGGGCCAGUACUUGGUAAAAGAUUCCUUUCUUUUUGCCUUUUUAACUUAACAGUGCAUGUAGCCAGAAUGCUUAAGAACUAUUGUAGAGCAAACUUAGCUAAAGGUUAUAAUGGACAGUCUCUGUUUUUCAGGGCCAAUGGUUUAUGGAAUUUGCUAUUAUCCAAUAUCAAGAGCAGAAGAAGUUAAAAAUCUUGGUUUGGCAGGUAAGUCCGUAUAAGAAUUAAAAUGAUUGCUCAUUAUAAGGCUAAAAGUCAAGAAUAUGGUACGUGUCAGACUCCAAGGCACCCUGCGAAAAGAGCCUCCUCUUGUCUUCUUGGAAAAGGAGGAGAGUGAGGAGGCUCUGGCUGAAUCGCGUCAAGCGUUUGAAGUGUCCGCAACCUCCGGUUGUUCAAACGUUGGAUAGCGCUAUCCAGCGGAUAAGUAUUGGGGAAACUAAUAAUUGUACUAUCCACAGGAUAGAGAUUUAUCCAGCGGAUAGCGCUAUCCAGCCUUGAACAACCGAGGCCUGGACUAGUCAAUCUUCUUUUAUCAAACGCAAGUAUCCCUUUAUUGAUAAACUGAUGGUCAUGACUGAGCCUAUUGUACCACACGGACGGCUAUUAGGCCUGGGUUCAAAACUGUAUGAUAGCAACAUGCAGCGCAUGCUCAACAAAGACCUUACUCAAUUCAAGCAGAGUCUUACUUGAGUACCCCAAAGUGAAGCAAGCAAAAGAAAGGCUCUGCUGGCGAGGUGACCCCUGGGGAACUCCCAUGGAGAUGCUCGUCAGAAAAUUGUGCAUCAGUGAAUUCCAGUGUAUCUACAUGGCUAACCCUUGACAUGGUAGCCUGUACACAGACGUUGUUUUAUUUUUCUUUUCUUUCUUUUCGAAAAACAUCGGCGAGCUCAUGAGUGAAGCAAGCAUGCAAGAAUGAGCACAGAGCGCAAGAAAGAAAAAUAAAGAACGUCUAUAGACCCCCUUGAACUGGUGGUCAAUAAAUCCCCUGCAGUUUAUAUUUUAUCACCCGGGCUAGAUGUACUUUGAAGAGAAAAUAGAGGGUCUGUGAUACAGGCUACUGACAUUGGCAUUUUAUUUUUUUCUUGGGGGUGGGGACAAAGGAAGACAGCAGGGGUAUUUUGCUGAAUGCAGAAUGCCAAAUGACUCUGAAGUUUAGUGAUUAGGGUUAGGAAACUGAGUGAAUCAAGUUUCAGGUCAAUUUUCCCAGUAUAAUGACCCUAAAUGGAACCUGAUUCACUCAGUUUCCUAACCCUAAUCACUAAAUUUCUGAGUCACUUGGCGUUCUGCAUUCUGCAUUUAGCGUUCUGUGUUCUGCAAAAUACUCCUGCUGAGAAAUGCACAGACACUAACUUUGGUUCCUGAGAGGGUGCCUCAGUAACUGGUUAUGUGAGCUAACUGAAAAAUGUACUGGGAAGUGCGCGAUUUACAGUUUCUGUCAACCUUUUAUUUUCCCUUUUUUCUCCCCAGAAAUUAAGUCAAUACAUGGAAAAAAAUAAGACUAAGGCUGCAGAUCUCAAUAUCAGAUAAACUUCAUAGGGAACCAACCCACUCCAGAGUUUGUAAACAAUAAAGUUUGUGAUUAAAAUGUGCCCAGGACAACUUGUGGUGUCAGAGAGACUUUGCUGUUUUUCAUAGGAUUUCUCUAUUCUUUCCAGAUUCAAAAACCCUGUCAGAGGAGCAACGCGAGGAACUUUUUAAAACUGUGGAUGAAAACAAAGAGUUUAUAGGCUGGGCUAUAAAUAUUUUGUCACCAAACUAUUUGUCCAAGAGUAUGCUGAAAAGGUAAAAUCCUUGGAUCAUCUAGAUAUUUUAUAGUCAGAUAAAACUCUCUGAAGUCUACUGCCAGAAUGAUCUUCCCUGCCUCUUUGAAAACAAGCUUUGAAGUGGUAUUUUCGUGACUGCAAAGAACAGUUUUUUUUUUGUCUCAUAAUUGUUUCAUUUAAAUCACACUGUUAAAGUUACAGUGUACCUCUUUGUAACUUUAGCAAAUAACAGUUACAUUUUUUUGUAAACAUUGCACAAUUAAUGUCCAGCUAAAAUCUGCCCAUGUUUGUGUACAUGUACCUGUGGUCGGUCAGGCAUGAUGACCGGACUGCUAUCAAAGACUAUAAUUUUGUUGCUGAAGAAUUUUAUAUAGUAACUUAAGAAAUUAAAGUAAAUAUAAUGUUUGUCCGACAAAAAGGGUGACCUGGUGCAGGGCUCAAAAAAAGUCCCAUCUAGUAGUCUGGGACAAACUAGAUUUUUUUGCUGGGCAAUUAACUUUCUAAUAUUUCUUGCCCAGUGGGCAAGGGUCUAGACAAGUCAUCCUCUCACAAAAUCAGUAACAUUAUUAAAAGAGGAGCAAAAAGUGGCCUUGGGCAGUCAAAAUGUAAGAGCUGGUUGCCCAAAGGACGAGCUGGAAUGCAAGUUUUUUUUUCAAGCCCUGUGGUUGGACAUGUCUUUUCUAUAAUGAAGUGUAAAAUGAGAGUGUCUAGUAUAGAUGGACAAGGUUUAAUACAGCUGUAGGUUAAGCCUGAAGAAUGUUUGAUCAGUUCCAGAGCUGUCACUCGAGAUUUCAAGGUACUACAUGUAGCAUGGAGUUGAACAGCUAUCAAGAUAUUGUGUUGGUUCUACGUUCCUUUUACUGCCUGUAAAAGUAGCCAGGGUUCAUGCUCAUAGUAGCUAGGGGAAAUCCCCCAUCCCCUGCCCUUAAAUAGAUCACUACCAAUACUAAUACUAUUCCACACUUUUUUGAAAGGACAAAGUACAGUUUGAAUGAAGUUUCACAUGAUACAGCCAUUGGCUUGAUUAACCUUCUUCUCACAAACAACAUAAAUGUACAUGAGGUAGGGAUAUAAAGUUAUCUAAACUUGUAGGCAUGUGGUAUCUUAAGUCUUUAAAUUUUAUCAUUAAUUUUUUCUUGUCUUUCCUAGUUCCUUAUACAAAUUAGGGCAAGUGUUUACUUAUUCCUCAAACAAGAGUAUUUUCUUGCAGCAUGAUCAAGAAAUCUGCAUAAAAUAAAGUUCAUUAAGUCUGCAAUGAAAGAAUGAAUGACAAUGUACCUUCGUUUAUACUGUUGAACCCUGAUAACAAUAUGGCUCAGUAGGUGUAUACUGUACUUGUAGAGAGGUGCAGCAUGCUAAUUUAAGUUAAUAAUAAAGUCUUUAAAAUGUUUUAGGUUUAUGUUGACACUGUGGGAGUGGCUGAAAAAUACCAAGAUAAACUUCAGAAGAUAUUUCCUGGUCUCCAGAUUACUGUCACACCAAAGGCUGAUGCCAAGUUUCCUGUUGUGAGUGCAGCUAGUAUUUGUGCAAAGGUAAUAACUCAAAAUUUUGUUUCAAAAUAGACCAAUUAAAGACGAGAGCAGUUUCCUAACGUUUUUAUUAAAAUUCUUUACUGAGUAGAUGGAUUGUUAAAAUACUUGAAUGUUACUAAUCCAUUUGCAAAACCCUUGAGAAUCAUUUGUUUUUAUAAAACGUUAUGAUCGUAUUGUAUUGUAUAGUUGGGCAAUUAAGCAUGCUGAAAACUUGUGUGCUUGAGUGGCCACUGGUAACUUUGCUGUGUCGUAGAAUCAAUAGCAAGGGUUUUAUGUGCUUGAUGUCUCAAACAUUAUUUUUACCAGGUUGCUCGAGACAAAAUUCUUAAAGAAUGGAAAUUUCUGGAAAACAUUGAAUUUAACAAGGAACAUGGAUCUGGUUAUCCAUCAGGUAAAACAUUCUUAUAUGUGGUGUAACCAAGUUUGUUUAGUAAGAACAACCUCCAAGUGUCUGGAUAUAAGAUGAAAUGCCGUUUUAGUCAAGAGUAUUUAAUAUAGAUGCUGAAAUUAGCAAUAGAUUUUGAGUAAAAAUGCAAAGCUAAAGUUUUUUAGUAAAGUUUCCUUCAUGGUAACACUUUCCAGGUUUUCUUUUCUACGACGAAUGUUGUGAGGUUGUAGCCCAGCCUUUCAAAAUAUCUUGUGUUCAUAUAGCUUCAACCUUACAUUAACAUAUACCUUGCAAGCAAAACAGAUCACCACAAGUGAGAAUACUUGGCACAUACUAUGUAAAAUUGUGUGUGCAAAGUAGACCAGUCACCAUGGUUACCAUAAUCUGUUGUCAUUCUUUACAGAUCCUACAACCAAAAAAUGGUUAGCUGAGUCCAUAGACAAGGUUUUUGGUUUUCCUCAACUUGUUCGAUUCAGCUGGUCAACCUGCAGUAAUAUUUUGGACAGUAAAGCAGUUGCAAUACAUUGGUAAGUUGAACAAACUCCAAUAUUAUGAUUCUAAUUACUGGUACUCCUUAUGGAUAAAAAUUAGGUCCAUUGAUUCAAGGCAUUUGUCAUGUACUUAUGUUCUAACUUUUAGUUAGGACCAAAAUCUGCCAUUGAAACCUUUCAAAUGAAACAUGUUGGCACAUGAUGCUAUUUGUUCUUCAGUAUUUUAGUGUUUUGCAAGAUGCAACAGGCCAUUUGCAUGAUGGAGUCAUUUAACUACUAACACUAAAAUCCUUCAUAUUUAAAUUUGGUCAUCCCAGAAUGUUUACAUGUAAAUAACAAAAGCCCUAAUUUAAACAAGAAAGCAAAACCCUGAAGGAUUCUGUAUUAGUAGAACGAUGUCAUUGUGCAAAUGGCGUAUUUGGAAAAAAAGUUUCUUGAAUUUUGCUUUUGGCAAGACAGCAUUAUUCGGUCAGACUAGUCAGAUUUUAUGUAGCUACUGAAGUGUCCGUAAGAAUAUCAAAGGUACAGAAGUAACUCCCCAUUUAUUUUAUGUUUUCCGUCUCCUCAAUAUAUCCUAAUGAAAAUUGUAAUAAAAAAUUUUAUGUAAUAACAGGGACGAUGAUGACGAUGAUGAAGAUGAAGCAGCAAAAGGAACUGCGUCCAUCACUUCUUUCUUUACACCUAAAUAUGAUUCUAAUGACCGUCAGAAACACCAGUUUUUUAAAGAACGCCAAUUAGAACCUGUUGAAAAGUUCUAAAAGAAGCAUUGUGCUUGAAAUGGGUGCAGUUAAAUUCUGUGUACAAAGAUACUAAUGUUACUACUUAUAGCAUAUAAUUAUAUUGUAAUAAAGUAUUUGACAAUAAUAUUAUUUUUAUGAGCUGUUGCUUGUUCAUCAUUGAGCAAGUUCCAAUAAACCUUUAGACUGUAAAUGUGUCUAAUAAUAUUAAUUUCAUAUCUUCAUGAGGAGUGUACGAUAAAAGGGAUGUCUAAAUUAAUACUAGUAAGAAUCUCAUGCCUAAGGUAUCAUUUUUCAACUUGAACCCAACAUGACUAGGUUGUUUAUAAUGUUUCUGUUAAAUGUGUCAGUCUACA